GUUCUCAGAGUUGAGUGUACAUUUGCUGCGUCCGGUUGUCGUAAAAAUACGUGAAAGUAAUCGUUUCACUCGAGUUAUUGACUAAUUUUGUGAUCAAAUAAUGGAUAAUUAAUAAUGAAGGGUCGGUAAUUACAAGUGUCGUGACAAAACUGGUGUAAAUAUCGUAGUGUGCGUUUUCUCUAGAAAAACCGCGAAAUCCAGCGGCCACGAUGGUUUUGUCGUCAACUAUGCGCAGUACGAGUGCGCCGCCUUCAUCUUUCUCUCUAGUUAUUCUCAGUUGUGAUCCGUCCAGUGCACGGGAAUCGACAAAAAUAUCGGCUUUUGAGGGAUUGAUCAGGAUUUCAGUUGCUAAUUUAGUAAUGAAGGGGCUGGUGGGACGUGCAUUUAUCGGGUAUCCGUGCAUAGAUACGUGAAAAUAACGGUUCCAAUCGAGUAACUGAUUAAUUAUUUCAUUAGAUAAUUGAUAAUUCAUUGCGGAGAGUCGGUAAUUAUGAGUGUCGUGAAAAAAACAGUAUAACUGUGGUAAUGCGCAUUCUGUGUAGAAAUACCGCGAAAUGUGACGUCACGGCGGCCAUCUUCUUGUUAUGCGCAGUCGGCUGCGCGGCCGUGUCAUUUUCUUGUUUUAUUCUGUGUCGUCCGUCCAGUGCACGGGAAUCAACGGAAGUGUUGACUUUUGAGGGAUAGAUCAAGAUUUUAAUCGAUAAUUCAGUAACAAAGGGACUGGUGGGAUGUGAAUUUGCCGCGUCGUUAUGAUUAAAAUCGAAGAAGUGAUAAUUAAUUGUGGGGAUUCAGUAAUUGCGAGUGUCGUGAAGCAACAAGUGUAAAUGUGAGUUCUCUUCCAAGAAGCCGGGAAAUGCGACGCCACGGCAGCCAUCUUUUUGUUAUGCGCAAUUCACAUGCGCGGCGGUCUCAUCUCUCGGCAUACGCGUUGUGUUGUCCGUACAGUGCACGGGAAUCGGCGGAAGUGUCGGCUUUUGUGGGGAUAGAUCAGGAUUUUAGUCAAUAAUUCCGUAACGAGAGGGUUGGUGGGCCGUGAAUUUACCACGUCUUUUUAUAUAUAGUCGGAUAAUUAAUAAUUUUAAAUGUGAAGAUUCGGUAAUAGUCAGUGUCGUGAAGCAACAAGUGGAAAUGUGUUGUGUCUCUAGAAAAGCCGCGAAAUGCGACGCCACGGCGGCCAUGUUAGUGUUAUGCGCGGUUCGUAUGCGCGGUUGUCUUCAUUGUUCUCUCUGCUUAUUUGUGCGGUCUAUCCAGUUCACGGGAAUUUAUAUAAAUAUCGGUUUUUGAGGGAUUGAUUAGGAUUUCAGUUUGUAAUUCAGUUACGAAGGAAUAUAUCGUGAUAUGCUAACUUAUUUUGAGUGGAGUUUUUGGGUAAUAUCUCUGAAUUUAAUGGAGGCAGCAGAAUUUUAAUUUACCACACAAAACAUGGCAUAGCGAAAAUUUUACUAGCUUCCUCAAAUUUUGAGACAUUUAUCGACUAGCUAAUAAGCCAAAACUUAUCUCGGUUUAUGACUUUGCUCCUGAAUUGUAAAUUCCUUCGUUAAAUUUAUGAGCCAGUGGGUGAUAUGUGUGUGUACAAGUGUGAAAAUAGGAGUGUUAAAUUGUGAGAACAUUUGAUUCUUCAUUGUGACGAGGGGUUGCAAGACGCAACAGCAGACAUAUCCUGGCAUUAAGCGUCAUUUCCUGAUUAUUCCUGAUCCUGGUGGUCACCGUGCUCCAGACAUCUCUAGCCGGAAGGUACAGGUGCACCAGAGGUUGGAAACAAAAUUCUGGGUAGUGCUUCAAUUGCUGAUGGAGGUGGAGUUAAACGUUUGUGAUAAUGCGUUCCUGAGUGUGUAUUGAGAGAGCAUUUAUACCGAUCGACAGAUGAAGGGCCGCUGAGCUGGAAAAUGAGACGUCCGACCCUGGUGGAACAUGAGGCAUUUUGAAAACAACAUGUGAAACAUCAUAAGUUUGCACCCACAAUGUCGGGUAGCUCGAGCUCAGUCAAUCCUCGGUGUCGCCUGCAUACUCAGUAUAAAGUCGCCUCUCACCCCCUACUUUACAGACGGUGAAUGUCAGAACAGCCUCAACAUGAUAAACCCCUGCGAGCCGGCAUUGCAUGUCCACGCUCUUCAAUCCAGGUCUUAAAUCCUAGGGUUGUUCAGAGGAGCUAGCGGAUAUAAAGCUCAUGAGGAGAGUCAAAUCCACAACCUGAUCAGCUUUCACGCCCCUCUGGAUUUACGAACAUCCAAGUGUAUGCAGAUGCCAGCGGUUCAAUCAAAGUUGGAUUCGAAUAUUAUUUGGACUAGCAAUCCUCGGAGGACAAUUAUUUACGUUGGACGACGAGCGCGAAACAUCGACAUUUUGGACGGUGGCUCCAGUCAUCGAAUGCUGACACUAGAUUCAACAGCAGAAGAUUACAACUUUGCAGAUGACUCAAUGCCAACAUUCGCCGAACAAAUUCAAAAUGUCACAGUCAGCGUGGGACGAGAUGCACUGCUGGCGUGUGUCGUCGAUAAUCUCAAACGAUAUCAGGUAGCGUGGGUACGAGUGGAUACACAAACGAUACUCUCAAUCCACGGCAAUGUGAUAACACAAAAUCCGAGAAUCUCCUUGUCAUACAAUGAUCACAGAUCCUGGUAUCUUCACAUAAAACAAGUUCAGGAAGUUGAUAGGGGAUGGUACAUGUGUCAGGUGAAUACAGAUCCGAUGAGGAGCAUGCAAGGGUUUCUGCAAGUCGUCGUACCACCAACGAUAAUAGCAAAAGAGACUUCCACAGACAUGGUAGUCCGUGAAGGUUCCAAUGUGACCCUAGUUUGUAAAGCAACUGGAUAUCCUGAACCAUACGUGAUAUGGCGUCGUGAGGAUGGAAUGAGUAUAAACUACAAUGGAGAGAGUGUGAGUGUUGUUAAUGGAGAGGUACUUCAUAUCAUUAAAAUAAGCCGUCUGCAUAUGGGCGCUUAUCUCUGCAUUGCCAGCAAUGAAGUACCACCAUCGGUUAGCGCUAGAGUUGAUGUUCGGGUCCAGUUCCCACCGAUGCUGUCGAUUCCCAAUCAACUGGAAGGUGCUUACAUCGGUCAGGAUGUAGUUCUAGAGUGUCAUACUGAGGCUUAUCCAACAUCUAUCAAUUACUGGACAACAGAGGCCGGUGACAUGAUAGUCUCUGACUAUUACCAUUCGAUUGCAGGUGACAAGUACGAGGCGUUAAAUACCGACAACGGUUACAACAAAUUCAUGGUACUAAAAAUCAGAAAUGUCAGCCCCAAGGAUUUUGGGUCAUAUAAAUGUGUCGCUCAAAAUUCACUGGGUGGUACGGAUGGUGUGAUCAAAUUAGAUGAAAUUCCAGCUCCAUCAACAACAACAACACAAGCAACGUACCAUGUCACGUCAUUGAUGAAGAAAAAUGGGAGAAGUAACAAAAAGCAUAGACAGCGACCAAAUGACUAUGAGCUGGAGGAGUGGCGUGAUGCAGAUUACGACAGGGACUACGAUUCAACAAAGAGGCCACACACCGAUGGGGAAUACUCAAGCCUUGGGACACGUAUCUACCCAGAGCUAUUACUAGCUGUACUACUCGUACCACUAAUCUAUCUGUCUCUAAGAAGGUGAUUCUUGGGACAUGGACGAGUCUUCCAGUUUGUAUUCAAUGAGCGUGAGAUUGAGGUACGUAAUGCGUGACCGCAACUCUGUGAAAUAAUAAAUGUGAUGCGAUGUGACCACUUAUCCAUCAUUUAAUCCUCCUAUUUUGCAUCUUAGUGUGGGAUUGGUAACGCGCUGUUCAACGAUCAGUCAUGCUAAAAUUAUUUUCGUACAAAAUUUAAGGAAUAUGUAAAGAAUUCAUUACAAUAGCGGGAGAAAUCGAUUAAUAACCGUAGUAUAUGACAUGAGAUGAUGUGCGUGAUUAUACAUAUGAGAGAGCAUUUAUAUAUAAGAGAUUAUACAGAGAAAGAUAUAUAUACUAUUGAUUAUUAAGGGAAUAACUAUAGAUAUUUUGCGUAGAUUGCUAAGUGCUUAGGGGUUGCCAUUACCCAAUGCCGUUGUCGUUGUUUAAAAUUAAUCGAUGGAUGAUUGAUGAAUGAUAUGGAAUUGUUGGAGGGGUUGUUCGUGUUCGGAUUUAAUGACAUCAGGACGAGGAAUCAUUAUGGAUAGCUCUGUAGAUAAUUCUACUGGACAAUUUGCCUGAUUUUCCGCACUUUUUCUUCGUUAGAAAUGUUUAAUAGAAAUCCAUUGAAAAAAAACCAUUCGAUACGCACAUUUCCAUCAACUUGAAAUGAUUGCAUUAAUCACAAAUGUUAACAACCCGUCGAAUGCAAUAACGAACGCAUAAUUUUCCGUGAUAAUGAAAAAGAAAAAAAACUCGAAGAAUAGAAUUUAUUUUCUGAUAUUUUUAAAACUGUUGUUGCUUGACCUGAUAUUAUGCAUGGAUACAGAACUUGUUUGAAUCAAUAGUGGGCUUUUUCGGGGGGGAAAAGAAUAUGAUAAAAAAAGUCAAAAAACAAAAAAAAAUAUGACGAAAACCUAAUGUCUUUCUUGUACUCUGAUUUUAUGUUACUCCAUCUUGUAUAAAUGCGAAGGGGGUGAGGUUGAGAAUUGCAGGUACUCAUGGACUUUUAGAUGAAACGGUUGUGGAUAAAUAUGCAUGAAAAUUGGUGGAAGAACCUACGGAGUGCGUUGAGAAGUACCGGAAGUCACGACAAGUGAUUUGAAAAGAAAAUCUCGUUGGUUUGUUGCUCGUUUCGGGAGACGGCUUGACGUAACACGGAAGUGGUUUAGAAGUGGUGGGACUCGGUAUUGGGGGGGAUCACACGCUAUGAGGAGGGGGGAGGUGUUGUUGGUGCGAGGGAGUCUUUUUCGGAGGGCAGGCUGGUAACCAAGUGAAACGAAGAAUUUUUGGAAGGGCACGCAUGAAAGAAAUUAUUUAUGGCUAUUCUAUUUUGAAUUCCAUUCAUUUUUCACUGGAAACUUAUAGAGAUGUUCUAUCGAAAUUCUAUUAGACAAUUUUAUUUGUUUUUUUGCUUCAUUUUUGGUGAAUAUCGUGGAAUGUAAAAGGGAUGAAAAAUAUUUCAUCAGGCUUUUUGUUAUAACUAUCAAUUGAUUUCGUUAAGAUAUAUUUAAUAGAACGGAGCCAAUGAUUUUUGUUUUUUUCUCUAUAAAUUAAUGAGGGCUAAUUCUUCAUUCUUUUCACUGGAUAUUUAUUUGUCCCACACAAUGUAAAUGGAAAAAAUGACAUUGAAACAUCUGGACUCUAAACAAAUAUGUAUCUAUUAACCCCGGGGAUGCUCUGGUGUUUUUACACUGAGUGAAACAAUCACUUCUGUCGAAAAAUAAUAUGCUGCAAUUUAUUUGCGGAAGAGCGAGCAAGUUUUCACUGAAACAUGAUAACUUUUGUGGUAGUAGUUGUUCUCGUGAGACUUUUAUGUCCUUCGAGUAACUACGUUCAUUGUGCAGAGACUUAUAUGAGGCUCCGGAUUUAUCAAGUGAAUGUUAUGGAGUUGCUUAUAUUUUGAUUUCCGUGAAACAACUGAUAAUUUCCAAGGAGCUAUUUCUUUUUAUUUGUUCCUCGUCAAGCAAUUCUUGCUAUACCGUGAACCUCUCAGAUCAAAUGUUUAUUGCACAAAAGAUUCCAUUGUUUCCUGCUAUUAAUGGGGCUUCUAAUAGGGAUGUUUCCGAUGUUCACGAAAAAAAUUGAAUUUUAAUGCGAUAUAUGGAAUGUUCAUCUAAAUUGUUGAUUACUCUUUCUCAUCUGAAUCUCUUCCGCUUCAUCAAAUAAUCUCUGGCAGAUUGUUAUUAUUUGGCGGAACUAUUUGUGGUCUCUCAGUGUAAUAAAACUGAUGCAAAAUAAUACUAAAACGUUACAACAGAAUUCCAGUUGAAAUGCCGUAUAUUGUUUUUCUCAUGCGUGGGUUGAACGGGAGAUAAAAAAAAAAGAUAAAAAAGCUGAAUGAAGUUCAAUAGUCCCGAGCUAUAAAUAAUUUCAUUCCGGUUAUUUUAAAGGUCAAGGGGAUAGUUAUCAGUAUUUUAAAGGCCUUUAAACCCCUCAUGAUCAUUCACUCCCCCCUCCUAAGUUACCAUUCCGAUCAAUUAUCUUCCUCUCCGCUCCUCAAGAAAUUUUCCCAGUGCUUAAUUGCUUAGCGAAUUGUCAUUAAAAAUUGAGUUUCAAAAUUAUUGGUCGUUUCAUUGUUACGUUUAUAGGGAUAAUUAAGUCAUCUUUGUUGGGGUGAACGAGCCAAAAGAAAUUACUGCACAGAGAAAGCAGGAUAGCAUUUUUCUUGUAACGAUUAAUUGGCAAAAUGAAAAAGUUUCAAUGAUGUCAUUAAACGUGAAAACUCUUUGUCUGAAACAAGAAGAAUAUUUUGUCUCUGUGUAAUUAUGCAAAAAGUGGAAAUGUUGCUAGAAAAAAAUUUAAUAACUAGAAUUGUAGUCAUGUUUCUUUCUCUGUUUACUUGUGAUUGUUGAUGAGAGACGAGUAUGAAUAAUUCCAGUGAAUAAUAAUUGGAUAAAUAUAUGCGGAAUUGUUGAAAAAAGAAGAUGAGUCGUUUAACGAGUGAAUUAUUAUUUUAGUGAAAAUUGUAUAUACGAAGAUAUAAUUGAACCAACCAGCCUAUGUAAAUACGCAUUUAUCCCUUUCUCGUUAGUCGGAGUGUUGAAGUCCUUGUAAUUAUUAUCGGAAUCGACCUUUGGCGUGAUUGGAAUUAUUAAGUAAGUAGUCGAAAUAUGAAUAUAUAUGGGACUUGAAUGUUGUGAAUUUAAUCGAAUUGUCGGAUUCAUUGUAUAAAGCAUGUGGAAACGAGCCGAAAAUCAGUAUCGAUACAUUUUUAUUAUCAUUUUUAUUAGACAAUCACGAUCAGUUUGACCUCGACAAUUCAUUUAUGGCAUUACUAUUUAUUUAACAAUAUAAUUUAAAAUAUAUCUGACGUGAGGAUCGCAGGUUCGAUAAUUGGAUUCUGGUCAGCCAUAAGGCUGCUUAAAUUUAAACUUGUGAAUAUCAUGAGUGAUUCCAAGAAAAGAUGGGAAAUAUUUCAGAUGUGCAUAUGUAUUGGGAAAAUUCAGUCAUAAUGUCACGAAUGGCAAUGUCCCCGCGUGACCCUUUUAUAAUGGACCCAGUUAUAAUGAUAGGAUGAAUUACAUUAUCUUAAAAUGAACAAAAGCAUGUUAAUUUUUCCAAUAACAUUGCAAUACUCUCAAUCGAAGCAUCCCGCAAUCACGACGAGCUAAUCACUAAAACCAAAAACCAUGCUUUCGUAUGCAUUAUGUAUAGUAGAUUAUAAGAUUAAUAAAAAUCCGCUGAUGACGAUAAUCACUCGGGCCGAGGACGUCUGACACUCUCGUGAUGCUUGAAAUUCUCAAAAGUAUUGCGAGUAAUUUUCAGAGUUAAGAUUAAAAUACUCAGAUAACUGUUUGAUAAGGGUUAUGAAUGAGGGAAUAUCGAGUGUAUGUUAGAAUUUGUAUAAUUUUUUCGAUGACUGAUAAAGAUUUUCCGAGUGUCGAGGGCCACUACCCAUCGAUAUUCGAUGUUUAUCACGAAAUAUCGUAAUAUAAGAGUGGACAACGUGGGGUUAAUCAUUUGAAGAGCUAGAUGACUUGGAAAGAUUUUAUACAAUUCACCCACAGCAUUUGAUGUCUAUGAUUUCACUCAUCCAUGCGAAUAUCAAAAUAUAUAUGUUUCUUGGAAAAUUAAGGGACAAAAGAGACGAGUGAACUGUUUAAUCCUUUCGAUAAAUCCACUCAGAUCUCUUAUCAGACCCUCACGUCAGUGAAUAUUUAAACUACCCCCGAAUCAUACUGAUUAAAUCCCAUAGGUCAAAUGCAGUGGGUUAUAUCAAGUUGACUAACCCCUCGUCUAAACGAAUGAAAAAAAAAAUAACAAAUGUAAUGGGUCUAUAGUACUUUGGCGAAUAGUAAAAAUUAUCAUACAUAUGAAUCAUUGUACUCAUGAUGUAGAUAUACUAAACUGAAAUUUGUUGUAAUUAUUAUAUUGCAUAAAAAAUGGACAGAUAAUUCGAAAAAAUAUAUGAAAUAUAUAACGAUAUUAAAUAAACAAUUGUGGAUAUUUUUUACUCAACAUAUCCGAAGCGAUACCUUUUUCAUCUCUCAGUUUAGCGUCGCCUUCGUACCUCCAUGAUACGAUCAGCGGGGUCUCGUGAUGCUACGUGGUACCCUCCAAACAUACACAUCCCUAUGCCCCUGUAUAUGUGGCUCCAUGUACCGAUGUAUCCAAGCGCGAUGUGAAGUUU